AUGAAGGCAGCAGCAAACAACACCGGGCAGCUGCUGCUGUGUCUGUCUAUGAGGCGGAGCUCGCUGCAGCCUUGCACACCCGCGAGAACGCUCCAGCAGCAGCGCUGGAAGCUGCUGCAGCCGCGGCAGCAGCAGCAGCAGCAUCAGGGGCUGCAUCAGCCACAGUUGCAGCAGCAGCAACAAGAGGGUGAUCAACCCGGCAGAUCCGCUUCUGCCGGCUGCAGCACGAGAAGCAGCAGCUGCAGCUUCUGCGGAGCUUUUGCUGCCGAGCUGCUGCCUGCGUUGCUGCCUCGAGCCCGCCUCCAGGGCUUCACAUGUGGCAUAGCGUCUGCAGCAGUCGCUGCUGCUGCAGUAGCCCAGCAGCAGCAGCAGCAGCGAACCCAGCAGCAGGGGCUGGUGCUGCAGAAGCAGACACAGCAGCUGAGGCAGCUGCAGCACGAGCGGCACCUGCAGCAACGGGCUGCAGGCGAUGGCCUCUUUUGCAGUGGCUGGGCUCUCAAUGAAUGGUGCUGCUGCUUCACGACAUCUGCUGCUGCGUCUUUUGCUGCUGUAGCGACACCUGCAGCAGCAGCAGCAGCAGCAGGAAAUGGCUGUACUCUUGCCACCCCUGCUGCUUUACGUGAAAGCUUCAAAGCCGCAGGAGAGGCUGUGGGGGGAGUCGAGCUGUCUCGAUACGCGCAGCAGCAGCAGCUGCUGCUGCAGCUGCUGCAGCCGCAGCUGCCGCCCCGGGAAGCGCGCUCAGCCGUCUCAGCGUUGCUGCGGCUUGCCGCGACGCAGAAGCUGCACCCGCAGCAGCAGCAGCAGCAGCAGCAGCAGCAGCAGCAGCAGCAGCAGCGCGCUUUGAGACCGGCGGGGCUGCCUCUAGGCGUGGGGCUGCUGCUGCCAGCAGCAAUUCUGAAGCUUUUAAGGGAAGCUGUGGGGCGUGGCCUGCCUCCAAGUGUAUGUACACCUCAGCAGCAACAGCCCCGGCCCAGCCUGCGUCACUGCGUAGAGCUGCUGCGCGCGUUUGCUUUGCUGCUUCCCGCGCUUCGAGAGCUUCUGGCCAGGGCCGCUGCAACAGCAGCAGCAGCAGCAGCGGACACAGCAGCAGCAGCAGCGGACGCAGCUGCUGCUGCGGCGCACGCGCGGUGUCACUUUCCACACCUGCUGAGACUUCAUGUGGCGGACGCUGCAGCAGCAGCUGCUGCUCCUGCAGUGGGAGUUAACAGCUCUCCCCGAGCGGCAGCAGCAGCAGCAGCAGCAGCAGCAGCAGCAGCACAACCUGCGCUGCAGUCCGUUGCCUACGAAGGGGCACGGGGUGUUGCUGCGUUCCUUAACAGCAGCGAGUGCAGAGAGGUGCUGCAGCAGCUGCUGCAGCUUCCUGCAUUCAGCGCUGCUGCGGCAGCAGUGGCUAGGGCUGCCGCGGCGGCUGAAGACAGCAGCAGCAGCUCCAGCAGCCCCAGCUGCAGCAGCAGCAGCAGCAGCAGCCAAAUAGGCAGCGGCGCUUACGGCGAGGUCUUGCUACUGCGAGAAGGGCUGCAUGCAUACAUCUUUGCCCCUGUGGAGGCAGCAGCAACUCUGCUGCUGCAGCAGCAGCCCCGCGAAGAGCUCCUCGACGCCCUAGGGGCUGCAUGCAGCUGCAGACUCUUGGCAGCACUUGUGCGAUUUCUGCAAGCUUCAGGCGAGAUGCAGCAGCAGCAGCAGCAGCAGCGGCAGCAGCAAGACUUGAAGAGCCACUUGUGGGUGAGUCCCUUCGGCCAGCGCUGCUGGGGAGAAGUCAUUCGGCUUGCGCGGUGUACAGCGAGCAGCAGCAGCAGCAGCACGAGCAGCAACAUCGAGCGCUGCGCCGCUGCAGGCAGCUCUGCUGCUGCAGCGGCUGUUCGUGGGAGCCUGCCUGGGCCGGGAACAGCUUUGCCUGAGGCGCAGAGGCUGCUGCUGCUGCUGCUGCGCUGCUUCGCCUCCAGAAUCGACGCAGCAGCAGCAGCAGCAGCAAAAGGUGCAGCUGCAGCGACGCCCCACCAGUGGUGCCCCAGCAGUGCUGCUCUGCUGAGCUGGAGAGACAUAGCAGAUGCAGCAAAAGAUGCAGUGCGGCUGCAAGUGCUUUUUGCUACAGAAGGAGUUCCUGGAGGGGCGCCAGCUGCUGCUGCUGCUGCUGCGCGCAGCAGCAGCAGCUUCAACAGUGCCCUCGCUGCAGCAGCCCAGCAGUUGCUGCUUGCUGCUGUGUCUGCCUGUGAACCGCAGCUGCCUCACAUCCCUCCCGCGGAUUUGGCUGCGCUGCUGUGGGCUGCUGCAACUGCAGCGUCCCAGGUGUACAGACAGCAGGGGCAGCAGCCGCUGCAGCAGCAGCUACUUCGACUGUUUAGAACUGCAACGGACGUGCUGCUGUUGCCGCAGCAGAAUGCACACGCCCUGGUGCAGCUGCUGUGCAAGGAACAACAGCAGCAGCAAGGGAAGCAAGGGAUACAGCAGCGGCAGCUGCAGCAGCAAGUGCAGCAGCCGCUGCAGCAGCCGCUGCAGCAGCCGCUGCAGCAGGCGAAGCCCGCAGUGCUGCUGCAGUUCUCUCCGCAGCUGCAGCAGGCCACGCCGGUGGACAAGUGUCUCCUUAUUUGGAGCUUCCUGGCGUGGAGCAGGGCAGCAGCUGGGAAUACUGCUGCUGCUGCUGCUGCGGUGGGGCCCAUGGAGUGGCUGCUGCUGGCUGCGGCCUUCAGGCAGCUGCUGCAGCACCAGCAGCUGCUGCUGCAGAGCAGCGGGGCCAUGGCGCUUCACGCUUUAGCCGUGCAUGCCGAUUCUUUGACGCGCCCAGCCGACACAUCCCCAGCUGCAGCAGCAGCAGCAGCUGCAGCAGCAGCGGCAGCAGCAGCUGCAAGAGCGACAGGAGCAGCAAGCCAGCUGCAGCUGCAACAGCAACUUGCGCGGCUUGAAAAAAACUGGGGCUUUGGCGGAGAAGCCAGCAACGCAAGAGCGCCUGGCGGCGCAGCAGCGGCAACAGCAGCGGGACCUGCUGCUGCAGGCGCUGCAGCAGCAGCUUUAUCGACAAUUUUCACUUCAUUUGGCGCUGCAGCAGCUGCUUUUGCAGGUCCUGGUACAGACAGAGCUGCUGCUGCUGUGUGGCUCCUGGAGGCCGUGCGGCAGCACUGCGGUCUGCUGCUGAGGGACUGCUGCUGGGCAGCAGCAGCAGGCAGACUUCAGGCUGUCCGCUGCAGACGAGUCCUCUCUUCGCUGCUGCACUCUGCUGCUCUUUUGGCCCGGGCAGCAGCAGCACCAAAAGCUCCGGCCACUUUGGGGGGCCCCAGGCCUUCGGACAGGGGCCUGGGGCGCGAAGGCUUUUCGCUGCUGCGUCAGCUGCAGCGCCAGUUGUACGCUGCCGUCCGGCAGCAGCAGCAGCAGCAGCAGCAGCAGCAGCAGGGGAGAGAGGGCCAACUGCAGCGGGGCUGCUCCCGUCUUUUCACUCCACACAGCGUCAGCCAGAUUGUGUGGGCCAUGGCCGCGAGCGGAGUCUUCCACGUGCUGCUGCUGCAGCAGCUGCUGCUAGAGGUGCAACAGCAGCAAAGGCUGCUUUCGGGAAAACACAUGACGGCGCUACUGUGCAGCGCCUUCGACCUGGGCGCACUGCUUUCCUUCCCUCGGCAGCAUAAGCAGCAGCAGCAGCAGCAACAGCCGCUGCUGCUGCUGCAGCCGCGAACUCGCAGGCAGCUGCAUCGAGCUCUUUUGAAGGAGCUGGCCCGGCGGGUUCUGCUGCAGCAGCAAAGUGCAGGCGUACGAGGAGCUGCAGUGCAGCAUGGCAGAGAGGGCGCCAAGGGCGUGCUGCGUAAUUGCCAGCAGCAGCAGCAGCAGCAGCAGCAGCAGCAGCAGCAACUCGGCGGGAACCCCUUGGAGCUCACGCCGUUUCAGCUGGCUUGCUGUUUGCGGGCAUGCGGGGCUGCUGCUCUACAAUGUGCUGCUGCUGCGCUGCAGCGAAGUGCUGCAAGCCUCGAGGCUGUAGAGCGUCUUCUUCGUUCUAUCGACUUCGGUCCUCUCGUACUGCAGCGCGAGCUGCAACGCCAGCAGCAGCAGCAGCAGCAGCGGCAGCAGCAGCAGCAGCGGAGGGUGGCUGGCGCGCCUUUGCGCAUUCUCUACCAGGCGGCGCUGGCAGUGGCAGUGCUUCGGCAGUGGGGCCCCUCGCUAAGGCGGCUUCUGGAGCUUGGAGAGGCCCCAGAUGCAGCAGCAGCAGCAGCGGCGGCGUCUGCUGCUGCUGCUGCUGCUGCUGCUGGGAAUGUGGCCGUGCCCGCGAGCGUCUGGGCAGCAGCGCGGGCAGCCUUUGCAGAAGUCUCCUCCUCUACGACGGAGUCUGUGGCGCAGCGCCACGUGGCGAUGCUGCUGCGGCAGCAAGGCGUUGCAUUUGCUGCGGAGUCGCGGACCGCCGAAGGCUUCUCCGUGGACUUCCGCAUACUACGGCUGCCGUCAGUGCAGCAGCAGCAGCAGCAGCGGCAGCGACAGCAGCAGCAGCAGCAGCAGCAGCGGCAGCUACUGCGUGACUACGGGCCUCAUCCGCAGCAGGACCUGCAAUUGGUGCUGGAGGUGGAUGGGCCUUCCCAUUUUUCUGUAGACUGCAGCAGAGAGAAGCCCUGCAGGGUCUUGUGCGGCUCCUCUGUCUUCAAGGAAACUCUGAUGCGCUUUUUAGGCUGGCGCGUCGUGCGGCUGGACGCAGCAGCAGCAGCUGCAGCAGCAGCAGCAGCGAGCUGCAGCACAGCAGCGCAGCAACUGCUACACAGGCUCUACCAAGAGGCCACUGGACCUCUUCUGGGGAGCUACGCAAGCGCCUGCGAGGCCAGCAGCAACUGCGAGCGCAGCGCGCGCAGGGCCAGCAGCAGCAGCAGCAGCAGCAGCAGCAGCAGCGCAGCAGCUCAUGCAGGCAGCUGGCAGCAACAGCGGGCGCAGAGCAGCUGUGGGUGA